AUGAAUAAUCAGAUAAAAUACGAUAUUGAUAAAAUAUUUCCAAAUUGUAUUCAUGAUUAUUGUAAUAAUACAAAUGAUCGAACAAAGAUAUAUAAUGAUAUUAAUCUUCAAAGAUUGUGUAUAAAUAUUAAAAAUAAAUUUUCCAAUUCCAAAACGAGCUGUAACUUUUUAUAUGAAUGUAAAAAGCUUGUACUGUAUUUAGACUAUAUAAAUAGUAUAAAAUCUUCCCAGUAUAUAAAAACAAGUUGCAUAUUUUUUAACUAUAUAUUAAAAGUUCUACUUAAAGAUUGUCAAAACUCUGUACAAAAAACUGAAGACGCUUACAAAGUAAUGAAUGACGAAAUCAAUAAAAAUUCAUUUAAGAAUGUACAAAAAAGAAUGAAACUCCUUGCUUCAUGGACAAAUUCACGAAACUUUAUUUUAACCUUAAUUAAUAUAUCAUUAUCUGUAUUAAUGAUAACAUUUUUAUUGUAUAAGAUUAAACAGAAAAAACAUAUAUUAUAA